AUGGGCUCGCAGCUGUCGGGUCGCAUCACGUCCGGCAUGGUGGCGAGCGCGGAGGUCAACGGGCUGCUCCCGUUCAGGCACCCCAACAUCAACAUCCUCCCGACUGCCAUGCCGCUGCCGCAGAGAGCCAGCAACCUCAUCAACAGCAACAAUGUGCCCUACGUCGCGGGCCUCGGCAAUACGUCUUCCGUUGUCAUCCAGAACAGCGGUAACCUCGUCAACGGCAGCAUCAACAUCCCCUUUGUGAACGCCAGGGACCUACUGUUGGGCGUCACGCUCCAGAACCUCCACUUUCGGGCUCACCAAUUUCGUCUUCAACAACAUUCCUCUGCUUUGGGACAGGCUAGGGCGCCAGCCUCAAGGGCGCUGGGUGAACCAUGA